AUGCCAGUCAACAGUAGCAACAGAAGGUCGCGCUCUGGGUGUAGUAGCUGCAAAAGGGCAAGGAUAAAGUGUGACGAAACUAGGCCGAAAUGUCUUAAUUGCGUCAGGAGAGGAGAGAAAGAGUGUGAUUACUCGCUGCAACUUAAAUGGGGAGGCCAGUUCAAAAGAGUCGCAGGGAAGGUGUCCAAAGACCUGCCGGAUGCUGCGCUUUUCAAUGGUGUACUAAUAAUGGGCAAAAAGAGAGCAAGGCUGCCAAACAAAAACUCUAAAAAAGGGCUAGAUCCUGAAAACCGUCCCAAUGGGAAAGUCUCUGGGCCAACUGGUCACCCUGAAGUUAUAACUUCAACCACGCCCGAUUUCCAAACAGGAGAUAUAGUCUGCCUUGACGCUUCCGUCCUCAAGCUCAAUCAGGCGCAGCUCGAGUACAGCUUAGAGAUGGAUGCUCGUUCCCCCCAAGUAGACGUCGAGGAAUCUUCGCUCAGCAAAAGACCUUUACCAAUCGAUAGAUGUUCUCUCAAUAUCUUGCAGCUAGCGCACCCGUCACCGGAUAUUCUGUUCAAUUCAGCCCAUCAUGCAGAGCUUUUCGAAUUUUAUCUUUGCGAAACAUCGCGUUUAUUCGUGCCGACACCUUACUAUGCUUAUCAAACAAAUCCGUUCAAUACCAUACUUCCUCAGUUGGCCAUGCAAAGCCCUACGUUACUGAAAUUGAUUCUAGCCUUCGCAGCUAAUCACAGGAGACAGAUUGCAAACUAUCAACAAGGGAGUCAGUCUUUAAUUCCACUCGAUAGAAGCACUGACAACAAAAUGGAUGGCAAAUUAGCCGAUCAACUACUGGGCGAAACUUUUGCUCAAUUACUUUCACAACUAUCUGACAUGAAGCAAAGGCGUAGUAAUAGUACAUUGGCCACUAUUCUAAUGCUAGCAGGCUUCGACAUUUUCUUCUGUGAUACGAGAAACAAAUGGAGAGCACACAUUAAUGGUGCCAGGGGUCUCUUGCUGGACAAACUAGGCACUACAGGAAGAAACGCAGUGCGAAUAGCCAAGAAAAGCAGGCAUUUAGACACAGACUCAUUCCUUGUCCAUUGGUUUUCGUAUCUAAACAUUAUCGGAUCGCUGUCCUCCGUUAAAAGAGUAGCGCAAUUGAGCAAUCCAGAGCCGCUUGCCUAUGAGUUUGAUUUUGAUCAAGACGUUUCAGUUGUUUCUGUGCACAGAGCACAACUCAAGGACAUUGACUACUUCACUGGACUGGAGACGAAGCUUCUGUCACUACUUGCCGAUGUUGCUAACCUGAUAGAUCAGAAGGAAGCGUGCGAAAACGCAGAACAGCUACACCAUGUAAUACCGAAAGCGCUCGAUUUGGCUCACAAUAUAGAGACUUAUUUGGAUGCUUCAGAGGCUGAACGAGAACAAAUCUACCACCAAUUUUAUGCCACAAAUUCACCAUCUUUCGACUCCGCAAAAUACAAAACCUACCGGACGUUGAGGGCCACGAAUGCAGUUUUCGCCCUCACUGCAGUGCUGCAGCUGAAACGAAGAGUACUAGGCAUCACAAGGAACAGCCCCACGAUAACGAUUUUACUUCUACGAAUUACCAAGUUGAUACAUGAAGAAAUACCGUUCAGCUCUUCAGCAGAGUCCUGCAUUACAUUUUGCCUCUUUUGCUGUGGUUGCGAGCUGAUAGGAAGCAACUUAGCUUUGCAUCGCGGUGUAUACAUUGACCACAUGGAAACAUUGCUGCGGAAUGGCAUGUCUAGUGCACGCCAAGCCAGAGUGGUAAUGGAGUACUGUUGGCGAGAUGAGAAGAGCUGGUGGGAGAUUAUGGAGGAGCAAAAUUUAGAUCUAUCCUUCGCGAUUUAA